AUAAAAGAGCAUACACUGACAGACAGCUCACAUUAGCUCUUGAAGAUGUUUGUCGCCUCCAUGGGGACUGUGAGGAUGUCCCAGAUGUGGAUGCUGAGAUGGGUCGUCCUGCUGGUGGGGCUGCAGUCCAUACAAGCAGACUUUAUGGAAGAUUAUGGAGGUACAGCAGAUCCUUACUUUAUCUGGCCAACAACUAAGACAGCAUUCUCCACAAGUGUGCCAGUAACUACCGUUGGACCGAAUCCUGAUCACCAGUCCACAAUCUGCAGCACAUGGGGAAAUUUCCACUUCAAGACAUUUGAUGGUCAUUUCUUUCAAGUGCCAGACACGUGCAACUACGUUAUGGCGGUGAUGUGUGACACCACGACUUCUGAUUUUAACAUCCAAAUGCAAAGAGAGAUUGUAAAUAACUCAAUCACUUUUAGCAUAGUGACAAUAAUGCUGGAAGGGACAGUCAUCAAACUCAUUAACGGCGACAUCACGAUAGGGGAAGAAAUGGUGUCUGUUCCGGCUUAUAAGAAUGGAAUUAAAAUCGAGGGAAGUUCAACAAGUGUCAAGAUCUCAAGCAAACAUGGAGUGACUGUCUUCUGGGAGGAAGACAACUCUCUAACGAUCGAACUUCCUGAGAAGUAUCGAGCUCAGACCUGCGGACUCUGUGGAGAUUUCAACGGCAAUACAAUUGAUGAUAUCAGUCUUAAUGACCCAGCCACAUGGAAGGUGGCCAUAUCAUCUGAAACCUGUGAGGAAGUUACACUCCAACCCACUGAUCAUUGCAACCAGACAAGCGUUUGCCAGCAGUAUCUCAGCAGUCCAGGGUUUAGUGACUGUCACAAUGUGAUGGACAUGGGUUCAUUUGAAACAGCUUGUGUAAACGACCUGUGUCAAUGUUACGGCAAUCACGACUGUCUCUGCAACACGCUCACGGAGAUUUCACGACAGUGCACACAUGCUGGAGGAAAACCAGGAACAUGGAGGACAAAGCAGCUCUGUCCAAAGUCAUGUCCUCUAAACAUGCAAUACCUGGAGUGUGGUGGUCCGUGCAAGAACACCUGCUCAGAUCCAGGCGGAAGUCUAAUGUGUAAAGAGCACUGUGUGGACGGCUGUUUCUGCCCUGAAGGCACCGUGGAAGACGACAUUGGUCAGAGUGGCUGUGUUCCUGUGAACCAGUGCCCAUGUGUUCACGAUGGCGCAGUAUAUCAAUCGGGAGAGUCUUACAAACAAGCUUGUAAAAAAUGUAUGUGUGCCGCGGGACACUGGACCUGUACACACCUGGAAUGUCCCGGAAUCUGCUCUGUUGUGGGAGGGUCUCACGUCACCACUUAUGAUGGAAAGAGCUUCACCUUUAGUGGAAACUGUGAUUACACCCUCACUAAGCACACUAAUGACAGUGAUUUUGCUGUCGUUGGAAAUCUGGCAAAGUGUGAUUCGACCCGAAAAGACACAUGUCUAAAUUCAGUUACCCUUGUCAUCUCGGGGACCACUAUUAGUUUUUCCUCCACUGGAACCGUGGCAGUGAAUGGAAUCAGUCCAUAUGCGCUUCCUGUUACCACAGGUCUUGUGAGCAUCUUCCAGCCCUCUUCCUCCUUCAUUAUCGCUGAUAUGAAGAGUCUUCGUCUAGAGAUCCAGUUGGAGCCUGUCAUGCAGUUGUAUAUUGUAGCCAGCACUGAAGAGAAAGGGAAAAUGAGUGGUCUGUGUGGAAACUAUAACGACGUCCAAACAGAUGACUUUAAAACAGAUUCAGGCAUUGUAGAGGGCACACCAACCACAUUUGUCAACUUUUGGAAACACAGUUGUCCAGAUCUUGAAAUCACAUUUGACAAACCCUGCAGCCUGAAUAUGGACACAGUUCAACCUGCGAAAGACUGGUGUUCCCGUCUCACAAACCCAAAUGAAACCUUUUCUGCAUGUCACUCAGAAAUAAACCCUGAGAUGUACUACGAACGGUGCGUCUACGACGCAUGCAAGUGUGCUGAUAUUAACAAGUGUAUGUGUGCGGCCGUGUCCACCUAUGCCCACGCGUGUGCUGCCAAAGGAGUCGUUCUCAAGGGCUGGAUGGAUUCAGACCCCUGUGAUGUCAUUUCGAAGUGUCCAGGCAACAUGAAGUACUCCUACAGCGUGACCAGCUGUGACAACACCUGCCGCUCUCUCAGUGAACAAGAUAACACCUGUCAAGGGUCCUUCAUACCUGUAGACGGCUGUGUGUGUUCUGAGGGAACAUAUCUUAAUGAAGCUGGCACCUGUGUACCUGCUCACCAGUGUCCUUGUUACUAUGAGAACCAAGUCAUAAAGCCAUCAGGAGUGUACUACAAAGAUGGUGCUAAAUGCACCUGUAACCAUGGCAAAUUGCACUGCACCAGUCAAGCAGAGUGUGUGGCUCCGAAGACAUUCUUCAAAUGCUCAUAUCCUGGAGAAAAAGGAAUAGAGUGUCAGAGGACAUGUGAGAAACAAGACCCAAAUAACUGCGUGAGCACUGGGUGUAUAUCAGGGUGUAUGUGUCCAUAUGACCUUCUGGCUGAUGGCAAAGGUGGGUGUGUGGAGAAGGAAAAAUGCCCCUGUACCCACAAUGGAGUCAACUAUUUACCUGGAAAGCAAGUUCAAGAGGACUGUAACACCUGCACAUGCACAAACGGGAUGUGGAUUUGUACAGAAAAGGAAUGCUAUGGCACCUGUACCAUCUACGGUGAAGGUCAUUUCGAGACUUUUGAUGGCAAGAGAUAUUCCUUCCACGGAGACUGUGAACACACCAUAGCCCAUGAUUAUUGCGAUACAAACAACAAUCCCUCAUUCCGGCUGGUCACAGAGAACAUCCCCUGCUCCACCUCCAGCACUAUCUGCUCCAAGUCCAUCAAUCUUUUCUUUGGGAGAUAUGAGUUGAUUUUAUCCAAGGAGAACGGAAUCAAAGUUGUUGAAGGCAAUGGCACAGAUUACAAAUAUCAAAUCCAUUCUGCGGUCCUAUAUGUUGUCAUAGAGGUCAAAGGUCUUUUGAACUUGAUCUGGGACCAUAAAACGAGUGUGAUGAUCCAACUCCAUCACAAAUUAAAGGGCAAGGUGUGUGGACUGUGUGGAAACUUUGAUGGCAAUGCAAACAAUGACUUCAUGAAGCACAAUGGAGAAGUGGUGACGGAUCCAGAAGAAUUUGGGAAUAGCUGGAAGGUGAAGACCGACUGCCCAGAUGUGACAAACGUGAAGCAUCCUUGUGACGCAAAUCCAAAGCGGCGUCCCUGGGCUGAAAAACAAUGCGGAAUCAUUCUGAGCCCUGUCUUUCAAGACUGCCAUUCGCCUGUGGACUCUGGUCCAUACUAUGAUGCCUGUGUAAGGGACACCUGUGCAUGUGACAGCGGGGGCGACUGUGAUUGCGUCUGUACCGCAGUGGCAGCUUAUGCUGCUGAAUGCCGUAAAAAAAAAGUUUGUGUGGCAUGGAGGACGCCAGACUUUUGCCCUGUAUUCUGUGACUACUACAAUGCUCCGGACGAAUGUAAGUGGCACUAUAAAACCUGUGGAUCGACCUGCAUGAAAACCUGCAAAAAUCCAUCAGGAACUUGCUCUGAUCAGAUUCCUAAGCUUGAGGGUUGUUUUCUUCAGUGCCCUUCAGAAAGGCCAUAUUUCAGGGAGGAAACCAUGAAGUGUGUUACAGAGGUAGGAUGUAAAGACUGUUUCUAUGAUGGGAAGUUAUUUCCACCUGGAUCUGUCAUUUACACCACCACAGAUGGGAAUGGUGUAUGUUUCACUGCUCUGUGUGAUUCAAAUGGGGAAAUAAUAAGAAUAGUGAAUCCUGACUGCAUGUCAACAACAACACCUUUCACUUUCACAACUACAACUGAAACAACAACACCAACAUCAACAGAAACAACAUCAACCACUAUUACGACAACACCCACAUCAACAGAAACAACACCUACAACUUUUACAGUAACAACACCUACAUCAACAGAAACAACACCUACAACUGUUACAGUAACAACACCUACAUCAACAGAAACAACACCUACAACUGUUACAGUAACAACACCUACAUCAACAGAAACAACACCUACAACUGUUACAGUAACAACACCUACAUCAACAGAAACAACACCUACAACUGUUACAGUAACAACACCUACAUCAACAGAAACAACACCUACAACCAUUACAACAACACCCACAUCAACAGAAACAACACCUACAACUGUUACAGUAACAACACCUACAUCAACAGAAACAACACCUACAACCAUUACAACAACACCCACAUCAACAGAAACAACACCUACAACCAUUACAACAACACCCACAUCAACAGAAACAACACCUACAACCAUUACAACACCCACAUGUCAUUAUAAUUGCAUAUGGUCGGAUUGGAUUGAUAGCAACACACCCAGUACAGAACCCCAAGGAUUCGAAACCGAAUCAAUCAAUGCGUUGUGGGACUCAAAAAGGAUUACCUGUCAAAGUCCUAAAGAGAUUGAAUGUAGGGCAGUAAACUAUCCACAAAAGUCCCUGAAUGUUUUGGGUCAACUACUGUAUUGCAAUACAUCAUUUGGACUGUCAUGUUCAAAUGAAGACAAUGCAGAUAGCAUGCCACCGCUUUGUUAUAAUUAUGAAAUCCGUGUAAAAUGUUGUGAAGGCAACAUCGACUGUGAAACAACUACUACCAUUACAACAUCCACAUCAACAGAAACAACACCUACAACUAUUACGACAACACCCACAUCAACAGAAACAACACCUACAACUGUAACAACAACACCUACAUCAACAGAAACAACACCUACAACUGUUACAGUAACAACACCUACAUCAACAGAAACAACACCUACAACCAUUACAACAACACCCACAUCAACAGAAACAACACCUACAACCAUUACAACACCCACAUGUCAUUAUAAUUGCAUAUGGUCGGAUUGGAUUGAUAGCAACACACCCAGUACAGAACCCCAAGGAUUCGAAACCGAAUCAAUCAAUGCGUUGUGGGAUUCAAAACGGAUUACCUGUCAAAGUCCUAAAGAGAUUGAAUGUAGGGCAGUAAACUAUCCACAAAAGUCCCUGAAUGUUUUGGGUCAAUUACUGUAUUGCAAUACAUCAUUUGGACUGUCAUGUUCAAAUGAAGACAAUGCAGAUAGCAUGCCACCGCUUUGUUAUAAUUAUGAAAUCCGUGUAAAAUGUUGUGAAGGCAACAUCGACUGUGAAACAACUACUACCAUUACAACAUCCACAUCAACAGAAACAACACCUACAACUAUUACGACAACACCCACAUCAACAGAAACAACACCUACAACUGUAACAACAACACCUACAUCAACAGAAACAACACCUACAACUGUUACAGUAACAACACCUACAUCAACAGAAACAACACCUACAACUAUUACGACAACACCCACAUCAACAGAAACAACACCUACAACUGUAACAACACCCACAUCAACAGAAACAACACCUACAACUGUAACAACAACACCUACAUCAACAGAAACAACACCUACAACUAUUACGACAACACCCACAUCAACAGAAACAACACCUACAACUGUUACAGUAACAACACCUACAUCAACAGAAACAUCACCUACAACUGUUACAGUAACAACACCUACAUCAACAGAAACAUCACCUACAACUGUUACAGUAACAACACCUACAUCAACAGAAACAUCACCUACAACUGUUACAGUAACAACCCCCACAUCAACAGAAACAACACCUACAACUGUUACAGUAACAACACCUACAACCACAGAAACAACACCUACAACCAUUACAAUAACACCUACAUCAACAGAAACAACACCUACAACUGUAACAACACCUACAUCAACAGAAACAACACCUACAACUAUUACGACAACACCCACAUCAACAGAAACAACACCUACAACUGUAACAACAACACCUACAUCAACAGAAACAACACCUACAACUGUUACAGUAACAACACCUACAUCAACAGAAACAACACCUACAACUAUUACGACAACACCCACAUCAACAGAAACAACACCUACAACUGUAACAACACCUACAUCAACAGAAACAACACCUACAACUAUUACGACAACACCCACAUCAACAGAAACAACACCUACAACUGUAACAACAACACCUACAUCAACAGAAACAACACCUACAACUAUUACGACAACACCCACAUCAACAGAAACAACACCUACAACUGUUACAGUAACAACACCUACAUCAACAGAAACAUCACCUACAACUGUUACAGUAACAACACCUACAUCAACAGAAACAUCACCUACAACUGUUACAGUAACAACACCUACAUCAACAGAAACAUCAUCUACAACUGUUACAGUAACAACCCCCACAUCAACAGAAACAACACCUACAACUGUUACAGUAACAACACCUACAACCACAGAAACAACACCUACAACCAUUACAAUAACACCUACAUCAACAGAAACAACACCUACAACUGUAACAACACCUACAUCAACAGAAACAACACCUACAACUGUAACAACAACACCUACAUCAACAGAAACAACACCUACAACUAUUACGACAACACCCACAUCAACAGAAACAACACCUACAACUGUUACAGUAACAACACCUACAUCAACAGAAACAUCACCUACAACUGUUACAGUAACAACACCUACAUCAACAGAAACAUCACCUACAACUGUUACAGUAACAACACCUACAUCAACAGAAACAUCACCUACAACUGUUACAGUAACAACACCUACAACCACAGAAACAACACCUACAACCAUUACAAUAACACCUACAUCAACAGAAACAUCAUCUACAACUGUUACAGUAACAACCCCCACAUCAACAGAAACAACACCUACAACUGUUACAGUAACAACACCUACAACCACAGAAACAACACCUACAACCAUUACAAUAACACCUACAUCAACAGAAACAACACCUACAACUGUAACAACACCUACAUCAACAGAAACAACACCUACAACUAUUACGACAACACCCACAUCAACAGAAACAACACCUACAACUGUAACAACAACACCUACAUCAACAGAAACAACACCUACAACUAUUACGACAACACCCACAUCAACAGAAACAACACCUACAACUGUUACAGUAACAACACCUACAUCAACAGAAACAUCACCUACAACUGUUACAGUAACAACACCUACAUCAACAGAAACAUCACCUACAACUGUUACAGUAACAACACCUACAUCAACAGAAACAUCACCUACAACUGUUACAGUAACAACACCUACAACCACAGAAACAACACCUACAACCAUUACAAUAACACCUACAUCAACUGAAACAACACCUAGAACUGUUACGACAACACCUACUUCAACUGAAACACCUACAACUGCUACGACAACACCUACAUCAACUAAAACAACACCUACAACCGUUACAACACCCACUUCAAGAACACCACCUACAAGUCCUUUCUCUGUUCUUACAGAGUCAACAACAAAGCACUCAAGCCCGCAAGUUUUACACUGUUGCACAUAUUUAAAUAAAGAUUUCUCAGCAGGGUCAACAAUCUAUAAUAUAACGGAUAAUGCCGGUUGGUGCUACUUUGCCUACUGUAACUCCACUUGUGGUAUUGUGGUAACGUCUCAGAAAUGUGUAACCCCUCCACCUCCAAAAGACUGUACAAAUAUCAGCAGAAAGCAUAUGGAGUCCUGGAUUGAAGACUGCAAAAAAAAAACAUGCAAAAAUAACAGUGUCACAUCAAUACCUCUAACAUGUGACAAAUCUGAUAAAAACAUACCUACAUGUACAAAUGGAAUUAAAGCUAAGAAGGUGUCUUAUAACAACGGGUGCUGCUCCAAGUAUGAGUGUGAAUGUAAAUGCAGUGGCUGGGGUGACCCACAUUACAAAACUUUUGAUGGAACAUACUUUGCUUUCCAAGGAAACUGCACAUAUGUUUUGUUCCAAGAAAUCAUCCCAAGAUACAAUAUCAGUGUCCAUGUUAAAAACUAUUAUUGUGAUAUUAAAAAUAAUCUUGCCUGCCCAGAGUAUGUGAUUGUGUACUACAAAUCCUAUAAAAUCAAGCUGACAAGCAACACUAAAGAUGUCCAGGUCUAUGUUAAUGAUGAAGAGAAACAACUAACUUACAUUAAUGACCAAUUCUUCAUCACCACCUCCGGCAUGGCAGUAGUUGUGAACAUCACUGAAAUCAAUGUUGAUAUUUCGGUCAGUCAUCAAGGCUUUGAGAUCAAUCUCCCAUUCUCCAAUUUCCAUGGCAAUACAAGGGGACAGUGCGGGGUUUGUGACAACAACCGUACAAAUGACUGCACACGUCCUGAUGGACAAAUCGAUCAAUCGUGUGAAAACAUGGCACAGCUUUGGAAUGUCACACAAUGCAAUACUCCUACACCUCCAAAUGCAACUACACCUUCGACACCCUGCAUCCCGAAGAUUUGUGAGCUCAUCAAGGGCGAUAUCUUUGAGAAAUGCCAUGGGGUCAUUCCUUAUGAAAGUUAUUAUGAGGCAUGCAAAUAUGAUGUGUGCCACAUGAGAAUGAACUCUAUUGGUUGUACCAGUUUGGAAGCGUAUGCUCAGCUAUGUGGCAAGGAGGGUGUCUGUGUGGAAUGGAGAACAGCAGCUGAACUCAAUAAAACAUGUGAUUACAAGUGCCCCAGUCACAAAGUCUACAAGGCAUGUGGGCCUAAAGUAGAAAAAACCUGCAGUACAAGGUACAAUGAUUUAUUUGUGGAGAAAGACUGUCAAAACAGCGACUGUCAUCAAACAUUCAUGGAAGGAUGUUUCUGUCCUGAUAACACAUAUCAAGUUAGUUCAAUGACAGACAACUGUACGGCUUACUGCGACUGCAUCGGUCCUGAUGGAUUACCUAGACUGCCUGGGGAUACAUGGAUCUUGGGCUGUUCUGAAUACACAUGCUCCAAUGAGACCUUUGGUAUUAAAACUAUGCCUGUCGGGUGUCCGCUCGAAAAGCCCUGUGGACCAGAACAAAAAAGAAUCAUUGAAAACUGCUGCCCAAUCUGCGUGUGUGAUCUCGAGGUGUGUCUUCAGAAGAAAUGUAAUGUAGGAUUUGAGUUAGCAGCAAAUAAAUCUGAAGACAGUUGCUGUUCACCCUGUGUGCCCAAAGAUGUCUGUGUGUACAAUAACACUGAGUACCAGCCUGGAGCUAAAAUCACCCCUGAGCUUUGUAUCGAAUGUGACUGUCAAAUGGAUAAAGACCCAAACACUACACUGCACAGUGUCAGUUGUGUUCAUAAAAUAUGUCCAACUUGCCCUAAGGGCUAUAAGAAUGUGAAACAAGCAGGAGAGUGCUGUGGAACAUGCGAGCAAGAUGCCUGUUUUUAUACUGCGCCAGACAACAACACACAUAUUCUCAAGGAUGGAGAGAGCAACAGCUACAAAUGUGAAAGUGUGACCUGUUAUCAAGUCAAUGGCACGUUUAUGAUAGAGAAGACCAUGAAAAGCUGCCCUGACAUCGAUCCAGAAGACUGUGUGACCGGAACACUGAAACUCGAUGCAGAUGGAUGUUGCAAUACAUGUAUACUCAAGAACUGUGUUCUUGUGAAGAAGAACACCACAGAUGUUACUGUAGAUGGAUGCAAGCCCGUCCAACCCAUAGAAGUGACGUCCUGCAGUGGCAACUGUGACACCGAAUCAAUGUAUUCAAUGGAAAAGAGCAUCAUGAAGCACAGCUGUUCUUGCUGUCGUGAAAUGAAAACCCACACUAAUAAGGUGGCGCUGAAGUGUCCAGAUGGCAGUGAGAUCUUUCGUGACUACACCUACAUAGACAGCUGCAAAUGCACUCCAAUUAUGUGUGAAAACCAGAAUAGCAAUGGAUAAAAAAAAUCCUGUUCAGUUUCUGCUUUACUGCUACAAUUGUGAUUCCUGAAAAUUGCAAAAAAAUAAUUUGGUGAAAGAUUGCACUAUUGAGCUUUUUUUUUUCUUUAACUAUUAUCUCUCAGGGCAUUUUCUGGGCAUUUUGAACAUUUUGUUUUUUCUUUAGCAAUAUUUUUGUUUCUUAUGCAAAAUGUAAUUCUUUACUGUUCCUUCUUAUGAAAUGAAUGAUGACUAUAAUAAAGCAAAAUAAAUAGCAACAAAAAAA